AGCUAAUUUUGAGUCAUAGAUUGCCGCCAUUGUCUCACCCCUCUUUACUUCUUGGAAUGCAGAUUGAAGCAAAUGCACGGUUAGACUAUAUCUAUUCACACACUUGUCCAAGGGCUAUUCACACACUUGUCCAAGGGUUCCAGGAUUUCGGGCAUGACACUGGAGAUCUGGGGUCCGAUUCAAGAAUGUUUGUGCAGAAGUUGGAGUUCAAGGCCUCCGCGCAUACGCUUUUAAUCAACUGGGAUUCUGCAUUGGCUUGUGGGGGAAAAUGGAAGAAGAGACACAAAAAGAUUGUGAGGACAACUAAGAAAUUUGAGGUAUUCAUGAUGACAGGAUAUCCAAUUUGGUGAAUAGCUUAAAUCGGUUGAUAUUAUAGAUAGAUUAACCAUUAUGGAAAUAGAAUUUCUUUUGUAACAAAUCUCUGCAGAUACUUAAAAAAAUUUUGUUUUUCUUUUAGAGUAAAUUGUAUAAUAAAAAAUAAUUCUUUUA